CAGAGAAACAACGGUAGAAAACGAAAGAAAACGAAUGGAGCGAUAGCAAACGCAGUGCACCAAUUUUUUUUUAGUAUGUUGAGCAGGCAUUAAACAACUAUUAAUUAUUAACCAAUUGUCGCUGUCGUAACGGAAACGUAAGAAAAACGCGAAAGCAAAAACAACAAAAUAAAUAAAAUGCACAGGCGGUCGGUGCAUACAACUAUGUGGAGAAGUAUCGAAGCGUAAAAAUCAAAGUCGGCAAUCAGCCAACAUCAACAACAACAACAGCACCAGCACCACAAAGUCAUCACCAGCCACACAACAGCAUCAGCAACAAUAAUACAACGGAGAAAAGAUAAUAAAACUAAAAGACGGGACAGCAGCAGCUGGGAAACAUUUUCAAUGAGUGUGCGGCCAUAAAAGGAAAACGCGAGCGGGGAGCAGUUGACAACAACAAGAAAAACAAAACACUAGACAACAAAUAAACAAAACACAACACAGCAAUAGCAACAAAAACAAUCACCGCCUUAGCCUUAGCCUUAGUGGAUACAACGAGAAGUAGGAGACCAAAAGACGACACUACAAACAAAAACAAAAAAACUAAAAGAGAAACAAAAUCUUAACUUAAAUUACCAUAUAUUGUUAAAGCAAACCACGCAAAUCAAAGAUGUCCUCGCCCAGUGCUGGUAAACGACGCAUGGACAAUGACGUCAUCAAGCUAAUUGAAUCAAAACACGAGGUCACCAUCCUUGGCGGCCUCAACGAGUUCCAUGUGAAAUUCUUCGGACCCCAGGGCACGCCCUACGAGGGCGGCGUAUGGAAGGUGCGCGUCUAUCUGCCCGACAACUAUCCCUUCAAAUCCCCAAGUAUUGGGUUCGUGAACAAAAUCUAUCAUCCGAACAUUGACGAAUCAUCGGGGACCGUUUGCCUCGAUGUGAUCAAUCAGGCCUGGACAGCGUUGUACGAUCUGUCGAACAUCUUUGAAUCGUUUCUCCCACAGCUGUUGACAUAUCCCAAUCCGGUGGAUCCCCUGAAUCGCGAUGCCGCCGCCCUCUAUCUCCACGAGCCGGCGGAAUAUCAUCGCAAGGUCGCCGACUAUGUCCAACGAUAUGCGACCGAGGAUGCGCUGCGGGCGGCGCAGCAGGAGAGGGAGAGCAGCGACAGUGAGUCGAGCAUGUCGGAUUAUAGUGAGGAUGAGGCCCGAGAUAUGGAGUUAUAAUAUCGGUUUAACUGGAUAACUGUUUAGAUGGAGAUGGAGAGAGCCAGAGAGAGAGAGAGGAGGAACAAUCAGAUGAUCGCCUAAUUAAUAAUUUCGAAAAUGCAGAUAACAAACAUUAAUUAUGAUAUAUAUAUAUAUAUAUACAUAUAUAAUGAACGUGAUUCGAUGAUUGCGCAGAUCGUUCAGAUUUGCGCACACAUACUUAUAAAUAAUACACACAGACACACACACACACACACACACACACGCAUAUAUAUAUAGUAUAUCUCUAUAUAUAUGUAUGAUAUGUAUAUGUGCAUGCAUAUAUGCAUAUAUAUUUAUUUAUUAACGUAAGCAACAAAAGUUUGAAACAAUUCUUAGUACUAUAGCAAUUAGUAGCUGAUAACAACAACAACAACAAACAGAUUAAUAAUUUUGAAUUGAAAUCUAACGCAAUUAAAUGGUUCUAAAAUGAAAAAAAUACAAAAAUUACAAAAAAAAAUAUAGAAAUAUAUAAGAGUACACACACACACACCGAUACACACAC